UGAGGGGUUAUAUUCCAUGCCUUUUAGUUUUAUCGUGAAUGUAUUCAUUUAAUUAUUAAAAUAAUUUGCUCGGUUUUACUUAUUUUAGCUAUUUAGUGCGUUAAAAGUUUUGUAGCAGCAUGCUUGGAGCGUAAUUCUUUCACCGGCGUCUGGAGUUUAAAGCCAGCAUGUGGACAGUGUGCGUGCCCGGGUGGGGCGCGAUGGUGGUGGCCGGCACGCUGCUGCUGUACAGCACCCUGGACGUCGCCUACUUCGCCCGCAUGAUGUACACCGUCGCCAAGGCCAGGUACUUCAAGAAGAAGAUCUGUAUAUUGGAGUCCACUGAGGUUGAGGCGUGGUGUCUCCUAACUGACAUCGACACACUUCUCUACCACAUGAACAACGCUCGCUACCUUCGGGAACUCGACUUCGCCAGAGCUGACUUCUACGAACGUUCUGGGUUAUACGCCAAUAUCAAGGCUGCUGGUGGGGCGGUUCUCCAGGCAGCCACCACCAUCCGCUAUAGGAGAUAUCUGAAGCCAUUCACCAAGUUUACCAUCACGUCUAAGGCGAUUUACUGGGACGAGAAGACGUUCUUCAUGGAACACGAGUUUAUCGGCCCCGGUGGGUUCGUCCACGCGGUAGCAUUAUGUCGGCAGCGGGUCAUUGACACAUCAGUGGCGGCAAUCGCGGAGCUGCUGCUGCAGCUGCACUGCGCUGGCACCUGCAGACCACCGCCGGAUAAGAUGCCUUCUGAGUUGGAGUUAUGGGUCCAAAGCAACGAGGUGAGCUCGGCAAAACUCAGGCCUUCGGUCGCCCAGCUGCCUCUAGAACCAGUCUGCGAGCCGCUGGGCUGCGGCGAACCCAAAGCCAUCGAGUGAGGAUUGCCCCACCCGGACGACAACCUGCGGUACAGGAGGAACUAAAGCGAUGGCGAGGUUGUAGCAAGGUCCAAGGCCUGGUUUCUAAAUUUUUUUCUACCUUACCAAAAAAAUACAAGCAUCGGUGUCACAAAAACCUUAGGGUAUGUCUGUAAAUAAAGUUUUACAGGAGACAGUCUAUUCGAUAGCGUUGAUAAACGUGUUUAAGGUAAGCCAAUCAAAUCUUUUGUCAAAAAGUUCAGAAAUCAGGCGCUUGUCAGGCAAGGAUUCGACAAGAAACUA